AUGUCGACUCCUGGUUUGAAACGGGCGCGCCAUCCACACCCUGUGGAUAGUGUCGCCACCACACGUGUCACAACCCUCGUACCUUACUACCUGGCAGAAGCGUUCCGUUACAAUGUGCCCGAGUGGUCUAAGGGGUAG